AUGGCCGGACCAUAUCGUGGGGUGGUGGCGGACCUUGAUGGUACACUGCUGCGGCGCGACCACACCAUCUCCACGUACACCGCCGAGACACUUCAGUUGCUGAUGCAGAAGGGUAUUCCGGUCGUGUUUGCCACCGGACGCCCGCACCCGGCCGCACUACACACUGUCGACAGCUGUGGCCUUCACGGUGGCUACGUUAUUACGUCCAACGGGGCGCGUGUGAACGACCCACAGCGGCGCGUGAUUACCGCGCAUGACUUGGAUCCCGCCGUUGUGACGGAGCUGAUGCAGCUGCAGCUCCCCGCUCUCGAGGGGGAGCCGCCGGAGAAGUCAGCAUUCUCGACCAACAUGUAUCGGCACGAUGAGUGGGUGACGAGCCACGGCGUGGAGCGAAUGCUCGCCGCCUACGCCGCCUCCGGCUUCCAUUACAAGGAGGUGAAGGACAUUCACAACUACCCCAAUGACGGGGUCCAUGAAAUCUUCUACGUUGGUCCGCACGAAAC